AUGAAAAUCCAGGAAACAGUACUGUGGUCUGACAGUACGAUUGUUUUAGCAUGGAUUAAAAAACCACUGAAUCAACUACAACAGUACGUGCGCAAUAGAACCGCUCUGAUUCAAGAGCAGACUAGCCAACUUCCUGAGUAUCUUCAGAACAAUCCGCUCUGGUGGAGCGGUCCCGAAUUCCUGAAUAGGGAAAAGUAUGAAGUAGACGUGCCCGAAACUAUACCUGAUGAAGAGCUACCAGAACUUAAAUCCAUGGUGACAGUGUCAAACGAUGAUGGUUUGCUGGCCCAUUUCCACAAGCAAAGUAGUUUCCGUAAAAUUCAACGAGUCGUGGGAUACAUUUUGCGCUUCGCUAAGAAUUGUAAGAAGAAGCGUGCCGAACGUGAGCUUGGGACUCAUUUAACCGUCAGUGAGCUACGCCAAUCCACGGAAACCAUUGCAUAUGUCGUACAGCAGUUCCAUUUUGCCGAUGAAAUCAAGCGCGUUGUUACCAAUCAACCGUGCCGAAAACUUGGUAAUUUACGCCCGGUUUACGUCAAUAAGCUUCUCCGCGUGGGUGGUCGGUUGGAUCGCUCGCAACUACCUUUCGAGAGUCGUCAUCCUAUAAUAUUGCCGGAUAAGGAUCCGGUGGUGCGGCUGCUAGUGCAACAGAUGCACAUCGAGUUACUCCACGUAGGACAAACUGGACUUUUGAAUGCCAUGAGAUAG